AUGACUGCGGUGCCUACGGCGCUGUGGAUCGCGCGCUUCUCCGAGUGGUCUGCCGCGCCAAAGUACCUCAAGUCGAAGAUGCUACAGGAAGCAGAGCAGUUGACAGUUUAUAUGCAAGAGAAAGCAGCUCGUCACCUUGCCAAGGCUGCUGCAGCCCCAACAGACCUCGGCAAAUCAUGCCAACUGCGCGAUGGAGGUACCAUCAGCAAAGGCACUACGGGAACUACGGUGCGAGUAGCGUCAUUAGUUGGGAACGAGAGAUGUAGUCAUGGGGAGGAGGUUCUGGCGACAGCUUCGCGCCACGGCAACGGGUCGCUUCACAGAUGCAGCGCCGCAGCGCAGGAGAACGAAAUGGACGCGGCUACUCCGACAACGAAAUCUCAGCAACAGCAGCAGCUCGCCGUGCGGACGGCAAGCUCGCUAUCGAACUUCUUCGUGGAGCGGAAGCAGACACGUUCCGUGUCUGGCGUGAUGGGCUGUGGACCAGAGGCGCCGGCAGCACAGGAGCACGGCGGCGUUCUUGCAGGUGUUUGCUUUGCUCAUUCUCCAUCCCAGCAGCAGCAGCACAGUCGCGACUCUGAAGCUCUCUCACAAAACGCAGCGCCACCACCGCUGCGUGACUCGGCGUUACAACGUCCGAGCUGCGACGCUACGCGGUACAGCCUUGUCACCUACUCGGAAACGAUAGAUGACAAACUAAACGAUGCCCUACUGCAUUUGGAGAACUGCGGCAAUGAAGUGGGUGAAGCACUGGUGAAGCGCCGCGACAAGGCGGCGCUUCUUCUCGGUGUUAUGGACGAAGAACUAAGCGGCACACGCAGAUCAUCGUCGGAUGUGAUGGAGAGCACAAGUCAGCGAACUGGGUUGGAUAACGGUGAAGAGCAGCGCAGCAAUGUCGAAGGCAAGAAAGUAACGUCUACACAAGGGUCGAAGCGACGACGAGAGCAGGCAGGCUGUUCAGGGCUACCAGCGUCCUCUGGAGGCCGCCGAGUUGGUCGCGAGGGUGGCGAAGCGCACUAUUUGUCGCAGGGAAGUACCCCUAAGUCGAUCCGUGGUGGCGGCCUUUUGCCACUCCUUCGCGACGACGCCCAACACGCCCCUCCUCCGCCGCACCUGACGCGUGCGGAUAUUCGACGUCCCCACUCUCAUCAGCCACCACAGGAAGACUCACAGGUUGUCUAUUUUGAUCAUUAG